GGAAUGCUAGUUGCUUAUUUGACGUUGGUGACAAAAAACAAGGGCAGGCACGACAGCUUAGUAUAAAAUACGUUUUAAAAUAAAUCGAUUUUGUAAGAAGGAUAUGAUUGCAUGUCAUUCAAAUGCAAUUAGUUGCUCACCGGUAGAUUACAUCGUAUUGUUAUGUGAUCAUACUGAAAUGGCUACAUUUUAUGUCAUCUGUUGAGGUGGAUAUCUGAACCUCCAGUAGAAGCGGAAGGGAAAGAUACAUUGUAUCAUUUCUCAUCUCCACAUAAGGAAAAAAGUAAACCAUCAGAUGAGGCCCGAAGAAUAGUCUGCUUGAAGGUGACCCUUUGCCAUGUUAGAAAUAGUGACACGGAUUAAGAAGAAGAGCUGUACACUUUUCACUGCAGACAGAGAGCACAGGUUUAAGGCCAGUGCCAUGGGCCUCAACCAAGAUGUCUAUUUGACCUGAUCGUCUGCUGUAGAUGAAGGGGAACUGGUGGUAAUGGUGGGUCCCUGAAGUGUUUCGAAAUUUAAAAAAAAAAGAAAAGAAAUAAAAGACCUGGUGGAAGACUUCUGACCGUGAUGGAUGACAACGCAGGCGAACAUAAAAAGCCAUUACAUCCUACGUCUGCGUUCACUGCAGGAGAGUCAGGGGACUCGAGGUUGAGAAAUGACUUGGCGCCCAAGGAGGCACUCGCUGGGCCCAUCUUGUCCGAGUCCCUGCCCAGUGAGGAAAUGGGAUCCGCAGAGGAGUUGGAGGAGGAGGAGAGGGAGGUAGAGAGGCCAGAGACUGAGCCACUGGACAGCUUGGUCACUGAGGGUCCUCCAGUGCAGUUCCAACCGGAUGACGCUGAUGACACUGAAGAGAACAGCGAGCCUAGAGAUGGAGGAGAGUCCCCGCUAAAGGAUGAAGAAGGGGAGGAGGAUUCUGAAAAAGAUGAGACUGGCGAGAUGGAAGGGGAUGCUGAUGACGAGCAUCAGAGGAAAGAGGCAGGAAAGGAGGCUAGGAUGAACGGAGAGUCCGGCUCCCGUCAUUCAGGGUCUGGGAAGAGAGCGCGGUCCAGGAACAGUGGCUCCUCUUCGACGGCAGGUGACCAAGCCUUCGUGACGCCCUCCUCGUCCUUCUCUAAGCCAUCCCUCUCCUCUGGGGGUGGGAGGCACAAGCAGGCUAGGCGGAGGAACCACCACCACCAUCAGGGUCGGCCGCGCAGGCAGACCGGCUCACAGUUCAUCAUGGCCGUCAAGGACAUCAUGUCGGAGUCCAUCAGCCCCUGGUGCAUGUCCUGCAUCCACAUGGUGGUGGAGCUCAUCGUGUCAGUGGCCCACCACUGUGGACUGGCCGUGGAGACGGGGAGCCUGGCCGUUUAUGCCGUUAGCUCACGCUUCCUGCACCGGGUCACAGAUAUCCCCGGCCUGAAGCAGGACGCCAGGCGGGCCCUCGUCUGGACCCAGUGCACCGGCGCCGCCCUGGUGGCAUGGACUAGCCAGAUGACCAGUCAGGUGUGGCAAACAUCCACUUCCUGUUUCAGACUCUUCUGUGCCAUAGCGAUCCUCGCUACACGAUGGGCCAAGUGCACUCUGGGAAGGCUCAGUGGAGGUCGAGCCCAGCAGUGGUGGGAAGCCCUGCAGAACUCGUGGGUGUGGAGGAAAGCCGCCGCCCUGUUUGAGAGAUGCGGCGGAUUGUUCCGGAGAAGGAGAUCUCAGGGGGUAGGGUCCUACCCAGAGUCGCCCAACGGAGCGAGAGGCCAACCGGGGCAGGAGCUGGAGAGGCUGCUGUCUCUGGCUCAGAUCCCAGAGGAGGAGCUGGACCCCUUCGCUGUGCUCGGGGUGGAGGCAAACGCCACAGAGUCUGAGCUCAAAAGGGCCUAUAGACAGCUGGCUGUACAGGUCCAUCCAGACAAGAACAAGCACCCGCGGGCAGGAGAGGCCUUCAAGGUGCUCCGGGCUGCGUGGGACAUCGUCAGCAACCCAGAGACGAGACAAGAGUAUGAGCUGAAGCGAAUGGCUGCCACUGAGCUCUCCAAGUCCAUGAAUGAGUUCCUGACCAAGCUGCAGGAUGACCUGAAGGAAGCCAUGAACACCAUGAUGUGCACCAAGUGUGAAGGCAAACACAAGCGCUUUGAAAUGGACCGGGACCCCACCGAGGCCCGCUUCUGCGCCGAAUGUAACCGGCGCCACGGCGCAGAGGAGGGAGACCUGUGGGCUGAGUCCAGCAUGCUGGGGCUACGCAUCACCUACUUUGCCUUCAUGGAUGGAAAGGUGUACGAUAUCACCGAGUGGGCAGGCUGCCAGCGCAUAGGGAUCUCCCCUGACACGCACAGAGUACCCUACCACAUCUCCUUUGGCUCCAAGACCAACAGCAGCGGCAGCAGCAGCAGCAGCAGCAGCAGUGCCACCCGCCAGAGACCCUCAGAAGCCCCCCCCGGCCCUAGCUCACCUGCAGACCUGCAGGACCUCUUCAAUCGCAUCUUCCAGGGAGGGGGUUCCCCCAGCGACAUGGGGGCCAACGGCGGGUUCUUCCCCACCGGAGCACCACCCCCAAACCCUGCUGCUGGGCCAGGCAUGGGUGCUAGUGGACCAUUUCCAGGGCCAUCUCCCCAGAGCGGCUUCUUCCCUCAGGGGCCACAUCGAGCCGAGCCCAGCGAACACUGGACCGAGGCGGGCAAACACCCGCGCCGCCGGAAGAAAGUCCGCAAGCCCUUCCAGCGCUGAGCGGUCCGGACUCACAAUCCACCGAGGGGACAGCGUUCCGAUAAGUGGCCAUGUUAUUUGCGUCCGGGUGUUGGGUUUGUGUUUCUGGUAACCCCGCCAACCUUACCCACACACACACACACACACACACACACACACACACACACACACACACACACACACUCACAUACGAACCCACCUCCCCCUGUUUGGGGUCAAGGAUGAACUCUGCAAAGCAUGUGUUGAGCUUUGGGGUUGUUGACAUUGGUGGCGAUGCAGAGAUGGAUCCAAAGCCAGAUGAAAAUAAAGAGGCUGUUGUGAGAAUGAAGAUGAUGAUGCUCAAGUGUAAUUUUAUCAAAUCCGAAGUGAUGUGCUUUGUUUUAUUUUUAUUUUUUCUCAGUCACAAAACAUUUAUCACUGCUGUGAGAUUUUUUUUCUGUUGCAAAGAUGAAGGUUGAUUUUGAUAACGCCAUUGGUUUUCCUCACAUGUAGUUUGCCAUUCGCAAAGUUCAUAAUGAAGCUGGUUUUGUAAUAUUUUGGGUUCAUUUCUUUUUUUUUAAAUAAUAAAAUAUAUAUAUAUAUAAUAUACUUUUUAGUAUAGUAAGAACGCUAACUGCUGCAGCCUCAGGGAUGGUAGAUGUGGAUCCAGACCAUGAUUGAUUGGUUGGAUGACCGGUGGAAGAUGUGGGAAUUCUUGGAAGGUCUUUAGAACUUUAUGGAAUUCUUAAGAGAGUAGAAUUUGCCUGAGGAUGGUUUGCUUUUUUCUUAGCCCUAAAGAUUCCCCGCUUUCUCAUAAAGCCACAUGAAUCUGCGUCUGCUUCUCAUGGACAAAAAGAAGUUUACGUCAUAUUAAGUCAUAGAAACUUGCAUUGAUGGUUCCAUACAUAUAUAUAUAUAUUUUAGAUAAUAUAUCAUCACUGUUGGAAGAAAGACUCAUAUCUCCAGAUGAACAAUUCCAUUAGCCAACUGAUUUCGAACCGAGUAUCAGAUUCACUUUGCUUUCUGGUCGAACGUUGGAUAGUUUGAUAAUAACCUGUCAACAUCAUUGUUGGUCUAAUGUUUUUGCACUACUUUUUUUCUGUCACUUUCUUGAAGUGUUGCUUAAACCAGACAAUAUGUAUAAUUUUUGCUUUGAUCAUUUUUUUACGUCUAGAUUUUGUUUUCUAUUUAUUUCUGCAAGCACAGUUCCAUAUUAUCAUCCACCACCCACCCAGUUGUUAAGCUUUGGCAGAAAUAAUAUUUUGAGAAAUGCUUUUAACUGGUAUACAGUGGAACCACCAUGUACCAGGUAUUACACACUUAACCAUACCAGACACUUUAUGAGUAGACAGGGUAGAUGACGAGAUUCUGACAUGGUUUCUAAAUGUGUUUUUUUUUGUGACCGGAGGGAAAGAGAUUUCCAAAGGCUGGCGAUGCGGCCUCGGGAGCACCAGAUUAGAUCUGUACCCAGUUGCAGCACAAGUGACUGACAGAACCAAUAAAUGUUGGACUUUGAAAUAAUAAUGUCACCAUAGUGAUCUACAAACAACAGAAGAGUCUCGAUAGUGAAUGAUGCAUUGCACCAUUGAUGUGAAAAUGGAGAUAUGAUGUUUCCAGCCAACAGUGAUGGUAUCACUAAGAGCAGUACGGUGAGAGUCUGAUGUGGCACUUUGAUGGGGAUUUGGUUGUUGUGCACUGAUCAGCAUUAGACAUUUUGAUGGAGAGUCGAGUGGCUUCCUGUUGUGUGGAGCUUGGUUUGAUUUCAGGCUUGUCUCAUGGUUCUCAUGCAAAACUCAUGGUCUCAUUUUCCAUCCGCCAUAUUCAAAAUAAUUCUCUUUUGCAAGCACUAGCACACCAGAUGUCCACUCUUCUACAUUUUAAGAGUUAACUCUUGGGUUAACAAUUAGUCCAAGGGAUGAGUAUGAGUACAGUACUGUACGUUUCCGUGGUUAUCAAAUAAGAAAAAAUGUCUUGUUAACAACACAGUGCUCCCUGAUUGCAGAACUGGACAGUAUGAUAAAUGGGAUAAAUAUCUUCAAGAAAACAUUCUUGUCAUUCAUUCAGUGGUCUUACCGAGCCAAGCUACACUGCAUUACUGCCUUUGUCUCUUCCUUUAUCACCAAAUAUCACAGGGUCAAGUCUCACACGGCCCACACAAGGCAAACUCUUCUGCGCUUGUUUGCAUUGCCUGAAAAGAUACCAAGAGAGACGGAUGGUCCUACUGCAAAGCCUCAGUAUUAAGCAAUGGUUAAUCCUCAAAUCUUGAACAGAUUUCUUUUGAUUGAGCCUCACUUUAGAGUUUUUUUUUAUUAUUAUUUGUUUGUUUAACUCAUGUUGAUUGAUGGUUUCUUCUUAAUUGUUGAGUUCUAUCAGUUGUUAAAACACUUGUGGUUGAGCCUUGUUUGAGCAGGAGGAUGGUUUUGUUUUUGUUAAACAUGUUCAUUUUGUGCUUUGAAGUCAAAGGGUGUUUGCAAUUUCAUUUUCCUUUGAAUAUGAUUAUUAGUGAUUAUUUCCAGUUGCAGGAGUUGCAAUGCUAAGCAGUUUGGAUGCUCAUGUUGACUGACGAAUGUAACUAGCUGUCUAGAUGGUGAAGUCAAUUAGGCUUGUGAAGGAGAGAACCUCCCUGAAAACCUGAUUUUUUUUUAGGUAAUGUUAUUAUGCAAAAAAGAAAUAAAUCGCAAAAAAACUGUUUUGACAAUCAUUAGGAUUACAAUGUGCAGGACACUGGUUCAUUUGUCUUUUGUUUGGCAUGACAUGGGAUGAGUUUUACUACAGUUGCUAUUGAAGAAAAUAAUCUCAGUUUUAUUUGAUUUUUUUUUUUUUUUGCCUUUUUGUUUUCAUAGUAAAGUUGAUUUCCUACA